CGGAUUCCGACCUCAAACUUCUUUCUCCUACUUCUACACAGUAUACGGUCUUACUCUCCGGUUUCUGACCCUACAGUUCCUUGAUUCUUUUAUCUGAAGCCAUGGCUUCUUUAAGCUGCUCGGUAGAGGAGCUGGCGCCGCUUCUUGGCCCCAACACCACGAAAGCAGCCGCUGCCGCCGACUACAUCUGCGGCCAAUUCUCCGCCGUGUCUAACAAAUUCGCCGAUGCUUCCCACGCCAUUGACUCCACGUACCUCCUCUUCUCCGCCUAUCUCGUGUUCGCCAUGCAGCUGGGUUUCGCCAUGCUCUGCGCUGGCUCAGUCCGCGCCAAGAACACCAUGAACAUCAUGCUCACUAACGUCCUCGACGCUGCCGCCGGCGGCAUCUUCUACUACCUAUUCGGGUUCGCCUUCGCCUUCGGCUCGCCGUCGAACGGCUUCAUCCGCCACCCCCACCUCCGGCUGCAGCACGUCGACUACAGCAUGUUCCUAUACCAAUGGGCUUUCGCCAUAGCCGCCGCCGGCAUUACCAGCGGCUCCAUCGCCGAGAGAACCAAGUUCGUUGCAUACUUAGUUUACUCUUCUUUCCUUACCGGAUUCGUUUAUCCGGUGGUUUCUCAUUGGUUUUGGUCGAGCGACGGGUGGGCCAGCGCCAAUAACAAAGGAAACCUCCUAUUCGGAUCCGGAGUCAUCGACUUUGCCGGGUCGGGCGUUGUCCACAUGGUGGGCGGCAUUGCCGGUUUGUACGGGGCAUUAAUAGAAGGCCCGAGAAUCGGGCGGUUUGACCAUGAGGGCCGGGCGGUGGCGUUGCGAGGCCACAGCGCGUCUCUCGUGGUGUUGGGGACCUUUCUGUUAUGGUUUGGAUGGUACGGAUUUAAUCCCGGGUCGUUUUUUACAAUCCUGAACCCGUAUAAAAGUGGAUAUUAUUACGGGCAAUGGUCUGCGGUGGGUCGAACGGCGGUCACCACCACUCUGGCCGGCUGCACCGCCGCCUUGACGACGUUGUUCGUGAAGCGGAUCCUCUCCGGGCAUUGGAACGUGCUGGAUGUCUGCAACGGGUUGUUAGCCGGGUUCGCGGCCAUCACUUCGGGUUGCUCGGUGGUCGAGCCAUGGGCGGCGCUGAUAUGCGGGUUCGUGGCGGCGCUCGUGCUGAUCGGAUGCAACAAGUUGGCGGAGAAGGUGAAGUACGACGACCCUUUGGAGGCGGCGCAGCUGCACGGCGGCUGCGGGGCGUGGGGCAUAAUAUUCACAGCAUUAUUCGCUAGAGAGAGGUACGUGAAUGAGGUGUACCCGGGGAAACCGGGUCGUCCAUUCGGGUUGUUUAUGGGUGGUGGAUGGAGCCUGUUGGCAGCCCAUAUUAUCCAGAUUCUAGUGAUUGUCGGGUGGGUUAGCGCAACAAUGGGUCCUUUAUUCUAUAUUUUGCGUAGGCUUGACCUUCUUCGGAUCUCGCCCGAUGAUGAGCUUGCGGGUAUGGAUCUAACCCGACACGGUGGAUUGGCGUAUGCGUAUGAUGACGAUGAUCUACAUAUCAAGGGAAGUCAAAAUGAGAGAAUGGAGCUCCGCCCCACAAAUAACUCAAGCAAAAUAAAAAGGUAGGGGCGUACCCCAUUAACCGGCUAAAGAAGAUUGCGCCCGCAUCAUGUGUAUCGAUCAGGAUCUCUCUUAAUUUCAAAUGAUAGGAAGUAGAAACAAAAAUUAGAAAAUAUUUGGAGCACAUAGAUUGGAAAGCGGCUUGAUCAAUUUGCGUGGAUGGGGUUUGGCGGUAUGUCUUAAAGUCACGGAUAGGAUUUUAGUUUAGUGUUUUAAGGUUGAGAUCUCGUAAAUAAAUUUAAGGCCAUGUGUUCAAAUUACACCGAAUAUGUAAGUAUUUAUCUUGUGAAUUUAUUGUAAUCUUAUUUUGUAGUAUUUAAUUAUAUUGUAUAUUAAUCA